AUGUUUUCUUCUUAUGCUUCUUCCUCUUCCUUCGUGAUCUCUCAAGCUCUUCUAGGCUCCAUCAGGUCUAGAAAGCUACUCGUCCAGUCUCCUAGCAACCAACCUCUAGCACUAAAUUCAGGCAGCAGCCACCCAUUUCCCGGUACCGGAAGCAGUAACUCUGAAACAGAGACCUUUGACGACGGAGGAGCAAGUUUUGAUGCCAAUCUAGCACUGAUCCUCGCUCUCUUCCUAUGUGCACUUGUAUGUGCGCUAGGGCUCAAUUCUGUAGCUAGAUGUGCUCUUCAGUGCUCGAGGAGGUCCGAGCAAAGGGCAGCCCGGGCCGCCAACACCGGCCUGAAGAAGAAAGCAGUCAUGAGCCUCCCAACACUUCUCUACUCAACCAGCUCAAAACUCUCAAGCUCUGACCCCAUAUGUGCCAUAUGCUUGUCCGAGUUCGUCGCCGGCGAUCCGGUCCGGGUGCUUCCCAAGUGCAACCAUGGCUUCCACCUCAAAUGCAUCGACACGUGGCUCGCAUCGCACUCGUCGUGCCCGACAUGUAGGCAUUGCCUAGUGAGCGCCAAUCCGAAGCCAAUUUCCGGCAGCCUGGUCAUGAACCAAGCAGGGUUCUCAGGGUUUCUGCAGCCACUAGGUCCAGAAGGGCUCAUACUUGGCUAUAGAUGAACGACUCAGCUUAAAAUUAAGCUGCGCAAUGUGUAAGCUCCAAGAGCUUUGUACAGUAUGUAAGAGUAAGACCGACCGGUCCCUAAGGCUUUAGAAAAUUUGGGACGUGAUUGGCAUUUUAAAACAAACUUAAGGAUGCUGAUUCACAGUCAUGAUCUUGUGCACAAAUUGUCAUUUUUUAAAUGGUGGGAGCAUGAGAUUUAAUUAUCUCACCGAGUAAUUAAGCUUUAAAU